UGUUAACCAUUCUCUGAAAACAUCCUGCUCCCGUUUCGGUGCAGGAAAAUAUGAACCUGUCCCUUCUCAGAGCUUACGUUUUGUAUCGAAAAUUACUGGGGCGUUAGGUUUAACAGCUGGAGUUAAAGAAACGCCGGAAACGGGUUACCUGUUUGAUGUAAGUGGCAGUCAUGAGUGACAGUCACCCUCUGCGCCCACUGGGCUCAGCGGCUGAGGUCGACCACAUGCACCUUCUCUCCGAGCAGCUGGCGGCGUUGGUGCCCGCCGAGGAAUACAGCGAUGUCACGUUCCUGGUGGAGGAGAAGCGGUUUCCUGCUCACAGGGUCAUUCUUGCUGCUCGCUGUCAGUACUUUAGAGCUCUGUUGUAUGGUGGGAUGAGGGAGUCUCAGCCACAAGCCGAAGUCCGUUUGGAGGACACUCGAGCGGAAGCAUUCUCUAUGCUUCUGCGCUAUCUGUACACAGGCCGAGCCAACCUGAGUGAAGCCAAAGAGGAAACACUGCUGGACUUCUUGGGCUUGGCGCAUCGCUAUGGUCUUCAGCCACUAGAGGCCUCCACCUGUGACUACCUGCGCACACUGCUGAACGCACAGAAUGUAAGUUUGAUCUUCGACGUGGCCAGUCUGUACCACCUGAGCAGCCUGGCUGAAGCAUGCUGUUCCUACAUGGACCGACACGCUGUGGAGGUGCUCAAGUCUGACGGCUUUCUGGCACUCUCCAAGUGUGCUCUGCUGACAGUAGUGCGGAGAGACUCAUUCGCAGCAAGUGAGAAAGAGAUCUUCCAGGCGCUGUGUCGCUGGUGCAAACAAAACAGCGAGGAACCUGGCGCACGUGAUGUGAUGUCAGCAGUGCGGCUGCCGCUGAUGAGUCUGUCCGAAAUGCUGAAUGUGGUCCGGCCCUCUGGCCUCCUGAGUGCUGAUGAGCUGCUUGAUGCCAUCCAGACACGCUCCGAGAGGAGGGACAUGGAGCUAAAUUACCGCGGCAUGCUCAUCCCAGAAGAUAACAUAGCCACUAUGAAGCAUGGAGCCGUGGUAGUGAAAGGCGAGCUAAAGUCGGCUCUGCUGGAUGGAGACACUCAGAACUAUGACCUAGACCACGGCUUCACCAGACACCCAAUAGAGGAGGACGGACGCAGCGCAGGGAUCCAGAUCCGCCUGGGCCAGCCAUCCAUCAUCAAUCAUAUCCGCUUGUUGCUCUGGGAUAAAGAUAGCAGAUCCUACUCUUACUACAUUGAGGUGUCUAUGGACGAGCUGGACUGGGUGCGAGUGGUGGAUCACUCCAAGUUCCUGUGUCGCUCCUGGCAAAACCUCUAUUUCCAAGCCCGGGUCUGCAGGUUUAUCCGUGUCGUGGGGACACACAACACAGUUAACAAGGUUUUCCAUUUGGUGGCUCUGGAAUGUAUGUACACCCAGCGUCCCUUCACCCUGGACAAUGGCCUUCUGGUCCCCAGUGAGAACAUAGCAACAGUACAGGCGUGUGCGAGUGUGGUAGAAGGCGUGAGCCGCUGUCGAAAUGCCCUGUUAAAUGGAGACACGAGCCACUAUGACUGGGACUCGGGAUACACCUGCCACCAGCUGGGCUCUGGAGCUAUUGUCAUCCAGCUUGCUCAGCCUUACCUGCUUGGCUCCAUGAGGUUGUUGUUAUGGGAUUGUGAUGAGCGAAGCUACAGUUACUUUGUCGAGGUGUCCACUAAUCAGCAACACUGGGUUAGAGUGGUGGAUCGCACUCGAGUGGCAUGCAGGUCAUGGCAGACUCUGCAUUUUGAGAGACAGCCAGCUUCCUUCAUUCGCAUUGUGGGGACACACAACACAGCUAAUGAGGUGUUUCACUGUGUGCACUUUGAAUGCCCGGCUCAGCAAGACACUGAGGUCAAAGAGGGCACUCCGGGCUCGGCUCACCCAAACCUGGACCAUGGUUCCCAGCCCCAGGGCCUCUCCACCCAGAGAUCCACCACUUUGUCCAUGCACACAUAGGAAUGUGAAUCAUGCAGUGUUUUCUCAAACGUAUGCUUAUGACAAAACACAUCAGGCACUUGUCAUAGGUUUGUGUCCCAGCAUCAGGUGCUGCUAAUAGUAUAUAAAAAAUAUAUUUAUAAUAAAAUUCCUUCAUUCUAGUAA